AUGUUAGGGAGCUGUACUGAAGGUAACAGUUAUCCUGUGUAUACGGCGCGUGUAGAAACAGUGCACAUUCGUCGAAGUCUACCUGUGACUGACACAGACCCUGAUCCAGACUGCACGAACACGACACGCUGCUGAAUUCACACAAUAUAUCGAUUUAUCAAUUUUUGUACAAAAUUUGGACGCAAAUGUUUAAAGUUUGAAUUUCCAUGUUUAAAGGACAAUGUUUGUUAUGUGCACACGUUACAGGACCAGGUAUAUACAGAGGUGGGCUUUGUUACCUACAACAGCCGAAAGUGUUUAAAGACCGAAUAUAUAGAAUACUUAAAGUGACAGAUAUGGCAGUAGGAUUAGUUAGGACCGUCAGUAUUUGAUAAAUGUCUUCAUAUUAUUACGGAAAGAAAGUGAAAGGGAUGAACAUGAUAGCGAAGACAGUUUGGGAAUAUACCUGUGUAUACACACUCGGGGAUCUCACGUACAGGUGUCCCCUUCUUAUACCAUCAUCUUGGAGAUAUGAAACGAACCUCAGAUCAGGUCACAAGAUGAGCUCCAAAGAAAACACGUAGACAGGUUGGCCCGAUGGGUUGGCUGACACUUAUGAAGAAGUGAUUAACAGAAAGAAAGCAGUUUCAGUUUGACUUUAUUCACCAUAUACAAUAGAAAUAACAAUGACAGCUUACCUGUCAGUUGGAUCCGACUUACAGAGAAGGGUGUUAUCGCCCCUGCUCGAAAAUCCGGAAGGAGAGGAAGAGGAGACACACCCCAAACCACCGACACUAGACGAGUACAUCCCCAGACCUGGUACGAGGGGAUCGAGUCGGCAGGCUUUCAUGACAGAGGCUGCAAACGACUCCGACGGGUCGGACCAGGAAACAAAACCAGACCAGGAACAUGUGUCCUCAGAGGAUAUCACACUUAACAUAGCCAUUAAUGGAGGGUGCUUCCUUGAUGACGAUAACAGCUUGGACGAUGAUUCUAUCAGUGAUGGAAGUUUGUCAAUACCUACUGACGAUUUUGACACAGACCUGGAGAUGGAUGACGACCAAUGGCUAAAUCCCUCCAAGGUAGAUCACGACACUACAGGAAGGACAAAAUAUAUCAAAGUGUGCAACGACAUGGGAAUAAGCCCAGUGUCGUAUUUUGUUAAGAACUUGGAGCAAAGAGAACUUAAAAUGAGAUUUCACGGACUAGGGCCACUUGGAAUUAAAGCAAUAUCGAUUCCUUUGGAGACAAAUACAAACAUAGAAAUCCUAAAUCUGCAAGGGAAUGGCAUUGACGCACAAGGAGCAAAAAGUUUGUGUAGAGUCCUGAGGGAAAACCUAUUCCUCACAGAAGUGGUGCUAUCAGAAAAUAAAAUUGGAACUGAAGGCGCCAUUUCAUUAUGUCAAUUCUUAAAAGGAAACAGAAAUCUGUACAAGGUCGACCUCACGGCAAAUGAAAUCGGUGACUCGGCAGGACAAUGCUUAUAUGAAGUACUUAAAGGAAACCCAGUAUUAAAAGAACUCAUUCUGGCCAAUAACUGUUUAGAAGAAAACAGUGCGAAGUGGCUAAAGGAAUCUCUCACCGAUAAUGAGAACCUAGAGAUCUUAGACCUGAGUUGGAAUCAGUUUAAGACAAGAGGUGCAAUCUGCAUUUGUGAGGGCUUACAAGAAAACGUAGGUCUGAAGCGGUUCAAAUUUGUGAUGGCCGGUCUGGGAAAGAGUGGGGCUGAGGCGAUGGGCGCGGCAUUAAAGCAGAACCGUACACUUCUUGAGCUUGAUAUCAGUUUUAACCGGAUACCGAUAGAGGCAUCUGGGGCGAUCGCCGCAGGGGUCAGAGAAAAUGACACCCUUAAAACGUUAAAGAUCGGAAACAACCCAUUUGAAUCAAACGGAGCUAUGGCGAUACUACAAGCCGUGGACCAAAACGAAAACAGUGCAAUAACUUACCUCGACUUUAGCAAUAUGAUGGUGAAAAUAGAAUUUGCUGAGGUCGAGUCCCGAUUAUCAGAAAGCAGAGGUCUGCGUGUUGUAAAUGAGGGAGUACUUCCGGAAGUGCAUCCCAAAAACGGAAAUUACGCCAGAUUAAGUGCAUUUCGACGAGAUCCCAUUGAAACAUUUAAGAAAUAUGCAGAGUUCUCAGCAGUUAACCUAGAAGAUGUUUUUAAUUGCAAAAACAAAGUAAAAAUUGAUGCUUCAGAAUUCAAGAGUCUUAUCAAGGGAUCUGGUAUAGACAUCCCCGACCAACAUAUGACUGUACUGACUCGGACGCUAGAAGUUGAUGGCUUCAUUUGUUACUGGAAAAUAUUCGAGGAAAAUGGCAACGGUGAUGCGCACGUUAGUUUUACUGGAAAUGUUGUCGAGAAAGGUAACGAAACGGACAAAAAUAAGAAUAGACCAAAAUCGAAAGACUCUCCAAAGCUAGACAAUUCUGGGGCGAAACCCAAAUCAGCCAAAGCAAAGAAGAAAAAGGAUAAAAAGAAGAAAACGUAGUGAAGGAAUGUCUCUAUGUAGUGCAUUUCAGCAAAUAUGUUAUAAAAUAUCCUCUGUCAUGUGCUAAAGCCUUCGGCGUUUUCCUACAUAUGGAUGUUACAUAGUAGCACAAAGAGAGGAAUAUUGCACAGUAUGUCACAUACCACACAACUAUAGAACAUGUGACAUUGACCUUGACAUUCAAAUAGUACAAGUCGUUAACUGUAUGUAGAGGACCGUAAUGUCAAUUGUUGUAUUUACAUUACCGGAUCUAUGGCGUUGACCCUGGCAAGGUAAAGACUAGGAUGUAAUGACCAGUUCGUUGUUGCAUGAUAAACAUUUUACAAUAACAACGACCGUUCGUGUGCUUACUGCCGAAACCAUACAUUUCAGUGACAGAGCUAAGUUGUCACGAGAAGCUAAUUGUCUUUUUUUCAGAAAUGUUUGAUUCUGGAUUAAAGACAAAAUGGAAAUGUAUAAAAAUUGUAACAAGAUAAUAUUAUUGUAUAAAAUAAUUGUAUUUCAUCGUAUCGUAUUCAUUGUCAAUGUUAAACACGGAACGUCAUCGUAAGAAACAUGGCCAUAUGCUAAGUGACAUCUUCUGAUAUUGAUUUUGCUUUGUGUUUGCUGGCGCAAAAAUAUCGACUCGGCAAUGCAUCUUUGUUGCUGCGGCAUUGUCAACGAUAAACUUUGAUAACCAUGAUAACUGUUACAUCAACAGUAUGAGUUCGUACAUGUCCAUGUUAACAUAAACGUUCAUGUUAACAUAAACGUUCAUGAUUAAGGUAAUAUGCAUACUUAGUGCUAGUGGCAAGAAGAUUUUGACACCAUAUCGCCCACACAUGUAGUGGGUUAGUUGUUUUUCGAAUUUUCUCGAAAGUUUCCAGUAAAUUGAAGCUUUGCUGGUGGAAUCUUUUCAUUGAAUAUUUUCAAACGAAAUUACUUCAACUAUAUAAAGCGAUCCUUAUAAAUAAAUAAUGCUAUGUUUUUAAUCUCACAGAUAUUUUUCUUCUUUGUCUAUCUCUAAAUCUCCUUGCCACAUAUUGUUUUCGUAUACAAUACGCCUUGUAGAAAGGGCGAUAACUCGUCGUGCAAAACAAGAGCAUCAUAACUAGCGCUUUAUUGGUAUACGUGGUACAUGAUAUUUUGUCAGCCUUUGAACAUUUGUUGAAUUUUAACUGGUUAAAAUUUACAGUUUAAAUGACAAUAACUUUGAAAAUCUAUCCUUUCAAAAUUGUAUUUGACCUGUAUGACAAGCUUUAUGUAAUAGAUGUAUACAAUAUCUUGUAACAGAACAGUAACGAACCAAUAAAUAGUAAAUCAAG